AGAAAACAAAAUAAGAUGUUAUUAGAUUUAUGUAUGUUAAUUCCACUCUACAUCACUGUAAUUUCUAAUGAAGAUUUUAAAAAAAUAACAGAAGCUGCCACAGAAUUAUUUGUAUUUAAUGAGGAAGAAUCUAUUGAUCAAAUGCAGCUACAAACAGAACUAGAGAUUUGGAAAACUAAGUGGCAACGAAUAAAAUCUGAUGGUCAUGACGUUUGUCAAGAUGCUUUGUCAUCAAUAGAAAAUUGUAAUAAUAUCAUUUAUCCAACUGUGCAUAAAUUACUUAGUAUAAUUGCUUGUUUGCCUAUUAGUGUAGCAUCCGCAGAACGCAGCUUUUCUACGCUUAGAAGAUUGAAAACAUGGUUAAGAUCCAAAAUGGGACAAGAACGCUUGACUGGUUUGGCUUUGCUAAACAUACAUCAUACUAUAACUAUAUCAAUAGAUGAUGUUAUAAAUAGAUUUGCUAAUACUAAAAAUAGAAAUAUAGAUUUUGUUUUAUAAAUAUGUUGCUUUUUUUAUCAUAUUUGUUUAACUUAUUACUUUAUAGGUUAUACAGGUGCAAUAUAAAAUUCAUUAUGUCUUGGUAAGUUUGUGUGAGUAGUUGGGUAAACUUUUUUUAAAUUCGCC